AUGGAUUGCCCACGUCAAGUUUGCUUGCGGUUCAACUCCAGCAAGUCCAGUUCAGAUUGUGCUCACCGGCCUCGUCCUGACUCCGACCUCUCGGAUGUUUGGAAAGCCAUCUCGGCGCUGGAAGCCCAGCAAAGUCUUCUGCUGUCCAUGCAGGAGAAGAUCACCCGUGUGCAACAGGAUCAAUCACUCCUACGUGAUCGCCUUGAGGUGUUGGAAGUUCACCUUCGCUUGCGGAACCUCUCGCUAGCGGAGAAUUCGGAGACUUGGAAUGACUUCACAAGGUCCUUGCGUGCAUCUGUGAUGGAAUCGUCUAUUCCAUCUGAUUUCGCUCGUGGGCAUGAUUCUUUGGACAUGGCCUUUGGUCAAUGCCUUCGUGAUGUUGACGGUCAGUGCGCGGCUUUGGAUGCCCAGAUCUCGGCCUUGCAGGAACACUUCAACACUUUGGCACGUGAGCGCAAUGCAGAUUCACCGCUCCUUCACAUCUACCAGCUGAACCUUCUGGCCGUGGCGGCCACUCGGCGAGGCUACCUGUGCCUCGGCAUAGACUCUGGUCUGCACGUUGCGAGGGAGUCCGUGGUGCGGUCCUUCGACUUCUCCACGGCGACAGCGGUCGACAUCAGCUCUGACAGUUCUUUCCCCCCCUGUCCACCAGCUUCAUCUUCUGCAGUGCCCGUGGAAACUAUGUGGGAUGCUUUCCAACGUGCCAAGAAUGUCCAGAUUCAGCGCUGGAUUCAAAUCACAUUGGGGGCCCAGCUCUACAGCAUCUUCAUCCAGGAUCUGCUAAAGAGCCCUUUGGCCCAUGAACACAUCGCUCGCAUGGUUGCCAUGAAUGCUCCUUCGACCCUGGCUUCUUACUUUGCCGCGUGGAACCACUGGCAGAAGUUUUGUGAAGUUCAGGCGGUGGUGGCUUUUGAACCGGCAGUCGAGUUCCUUGCGGACUUCUUGCACUUGCACACGAAGGGACGCUUGGGUUCUGCCCUGAGCAUGGUCAAAGCGCUCCGCUUCGUUGCCUCCAGGCUCGUGCUUUCGGCCUUGCGAGAGACUUUGGCAUCACCGCUGGUCAUGGCAUACACACGCACUACGACCAUUACUGAGCGUCGGGAAACGGCCCCAUUGCCCUUGUCGUUCGUUAUCUGGCUGGAAAUGCAAGUUCUCGCCGAUGUGACGUCCCCGCGCCAGAUUUUAUGGUGUGGGAUGUUGCUGGUGUGCAUCUUUGCCAGUCUCCGGUGGAGCGAUGCGCUGUGGUCUGCGCCCCAAAGAUUGCAAUGUGCUCGCAAUGCGCUUCUUGGUGCGGCAAGGCGGACCAAAACAACCAAUCGCACGAUGCCGUUCGGUGCUCUAGCUGGUGGUUUUCUUGCGAGGCCAGUUGGCGCGUCUGGCUGGGGUCAGAAGUUCUUGCAUCAUCUCCAAACAGCGGUGCAGCGCACCAGACUCUUGCACCCUGGCUUCCAGCCCGACUUCUUGGUCGCCGAGCUUGGGGAGGACCCGCAAGCUCCUGUGCUACUGGCUCCGUUAACAAGGCAGGCUGGUCUCGUGCUCAUUCGCUCUCUUCUCUCGGAUUGCUACUCGAGUGUGCCAGCUCGGGAUCGCCCGGAUUUUUCACUCAUCGGCGUGCACAGCCUCAAGGUCACUUUUUUGGCCUUUGCGAAGCAGUUGCUACUUGAUGACAACCUACGUCGGCUUCAAGGCCAUCACCGCGUGCCUGGCAUGUCGGAAUUGUAUGGGCGUGAUGAUGUCCUCGGGCCUCUGGAGCUCCAGGUGAAGAUCGUGAACGCUGUCGCUACAGGCUUUCGGCCCUUACGUCCGGCUAUGAGAGGUGCAGCUCCUCCUAAAGCCGACAUUGCGGUGACAGUUCCUCCCAUUGAGGAUGCGUGUGAGGCACCUCCGAUUCCUGCUCUCGGGCGUCUGCCAGGUCCAACCAUGGAAAUGGAUUCGUCGUCUGACUCAGAAGACGAGAAGGUUCAGGCACCAGCGGUGGAAUCUGUUUCGGAAGAACCGGCCUCUGCUUGGAGGGUCCAAAGCACUGGAUCUGUGGUGGAGAACGAUGAUCCUGAUGAGUUCGAACUUCUCUACAACGCGACCUCGAAGAUCGUGCAUGUUGCUAGACCCUGUGCUGUGGAUCACCCGGCCUGCCAGUAUCGGCCAGUGCAGGAGUCCGCUGAGGAUCGUCCCUUGAGACCCGGCUGCUCCUGUCGCGGGAAUCUUACGUUGGGAGCUCUGCAUCGAGUGGAUGCGAUUCCUCAAGGUGCUCGGAUGUGUCUCAAGCAUGGCUGUGGCAAGGACCCGGCUAUCGCUCGUCUGGCGGCUAGCCCUAGUGUCGUCCCAUGCGGCACCGGGAUCGAUGACGAGGACUACUUCACUGAUCAGCUUCAGGCGUGGGCUGUUCCUGACACAGUCAAGACUAGGCUGGCACGUGGUGGUUUUAAGACCAUAUCGCUGCUCGCUCAUGCUAUUCCCAGCCUCGAGCAUUUGGAGCCCUCUUGUGUCAGUCUUGGGACGCCCUGCGGGAAGUGUGAUCCGGCCGCACCGCUCUUCUCCCCGGAAGCUGCAUCUUUGCGUCGUGUUGUGAAGGAAUGCAUCAGUCAGGUCAGCCCGGCUGGUUCGAGUGCCACUGCAACGCCCAGUCUGGGCACUGCUGUUCCCAAGAAGUCACUUGAGGUUGCGGACGUCAAUAAGUUGGUUCAGGACUUCCAAGGUAAGUACCCGUCGGAACUGUUGCGUCCCGACAUCAUGCCUUCGCGCGCUCUUCUCUCUGCAGUGAAGGAUGCUGUGUCAUCUGAUCAUAUGCGUUGGUUCAGCUGGCGUGUCCGCACUUCCGAAGCUGAUGAGGUGGCGUUUACGGAGAGGCGCCGGCCUCGCACAGACUCUCAAAUGUUGGCGUCGCUCUUGGCGCCCAGUGCCGAGGAAGAAUUCUUGAUCGACAUCCCCAUGCAGGCACCUAUGGAGUCGGUGGUUCGCAAGUUCUUUGAUCGCCUUUGCAUCGCCUUGGCUAUGUUGGAUGCGUGUCACCUGCUUCCGCUUCGCAAGCUGAUGGAAAAGUUCGUCGGUCUUGCAACGAUGGUGCCGAUCGACCGAACUCUUCGGGGUCCCACUCUCCCUGAGGUCAUGGAAGCGGAUCGCUCCUUGUGGCUGGCGAUUGGGUCUUUGCAACGAGACUACCAAUGGUCUCUGACAGACUGCGUGUCGGAGUUCACGCAUGUUCGUCCUGAGCUGCACAAUACGCUUGCGCCCCGCCCUCGCACUAGUGCUGGUCAUGCUGGGGCCAAUGGCGAAAAUGAAGGCUCGUGUUUCGCCCUCCAGCUGGCCGUCGAACUGGGCCCGCCAGGUGGGAGGUCAGCCGACUCCCCGACGAGGGCGGUGCCGCCCAAUUUUGCCCAGGUUCAAGGUUGUGCCGAGGAUUUUGCAUCAAUUAUGCUGCUUGAGUCGGGCCCGCCAUCGCGUGAACGCGUUGUGGACCUGCUCGAUCAACUUUUGUGUGAAGCACCUGACUCCGAUGGUCGUUUCUCGGAGGGUCGCUCGGUGACUGCCGGGGUCUUCCAUCGUCACAAGGUGGGCCUGCGACAAUUGUGUCGUUCGCAUCCACAUUCUGUGCGUGUCUUGAAUCGCUUCAUUGCUGCUAUUUGCCCGAAUUUUUUCCAUACUAGUUUUGUUGCCAUUGAUGGCAUCGCAUCACGUGAGCACAAAGACCAUCUCAACUCGGACCUGCCGAAUGUUGUGAUUCCUCUCUGUGAUUUUCAAGGGGGUGAGCUUGUUGUGGCCCACGAGUCUGGCUCCGUGCCUACUCAAUUCCAGGGAUGCUACUUGCCUGCGGUUGUGCUUGAACCCAGAAAAGGCCCCAUGGUCUUCUCUGCUGCCUCCUGCUGGCAUCGUGUCUCUGGAUUCAGUGGACGUCGUCUGGUUCUGGCAAUCUACACCUUACGUGCUUGCAACAAGGCCUCGUAUAAGGACCGUUGUACUCUCCAGGAGUUGGGGUUUCGGUUGCCUUCGGAACGGGAUCUCUUGCACGCAUCUCCGGUGGUGCCUCAUAACUUGCAGCUCAGCUCUCAAGCUCGCGAGCUGCUUGGCUCUGCACUGUGGGAUGAUCAGCCCAUCGUCCGUGAGCACGAUGGUCUUGGUGUGGAUGGCGCUCCGGCUGCCCCGGGUUCUGUACCUCCUGGCGCUGCGGUCGAUCUCAUUGCUGCACCGUGCGAGCCCGUGUGCCAUGACCGGCCUCAGGAGCCUUUGGAGUUGUGCAAGCUGUGUCCUGGGCUAACACAUCCGAAAUUUUUUCUUGACCUUUUCGCAGGUGCCAAACAACCUCUCUCAGUGGCCAUGGCCAAAAGAAACUCUGAUCGAUUCGAGGCAGUUGAUCUGAUUUUCGGCCCCGCUUUCGAUCUGCUUGAUGAUGUGCACUUCGAAGCUCUGUGUGGUCUGGCCAGCAGCGGUCUUGUCGGGGCUGCUGCGGCGGCGCCUGUAUGCUCGGAAUUCUCGCCUUUGAAACUGCUGCCUCAGGGCCCCAAUGCAGUUCGUGCCCCGUGGGCGCUGGAUGGCUUUCCUGACAAUGACUGGCGAGCCACCCUGGCUGUGCAGGAAAGCCAAUUGCUGCAUGAUCGAGCUCGCGAGCUUCUGUCGCGUGUUGCUGCUGCCGGUGGCUGCAUUAUGCUGGAGAAUCCUCCUGGUUCCAUGACCUUUCAGGACCCCAAGAUGCAAGCGUGGAUCAAAGCUGAAGCUCCCUUCUGUGCACAGGUUGCCGCUUGCAUGCAUGGUUCCGCCUUGCAAAAGCGUUGGGCCUUUGUGUCAAAUCGCCCGGAGGUUGCCAAACUGGCAUGUACCUGCGCCCAUGGGCCGAAGGCACAUGAGAGCUUUCUUGGUAAGCGUUUGCCGGAUGGGAGUUACAAGAGCCGUUUGACAGCGGAGUACCCUGCCUCGCUUGCUGAUGCCAUCGCUGACUUCAUGGCUCCAUUUGUCACGUCGCAGGGGCGCUGCGUGCCCAUUGCGGCAUGGCAAGGUCUCCUGCCUGAGAAAGUGCCUUGGCCACAGGGUUGCCUUCGUGUGGAAGACGGGGGUGGCCUGCAGAGUUCCGCAUUCUGGAUGAGGCCGCUGGGCCAGGAUCUCUUGCAUGAUCUUCGCCUUGCUUGGACCCAGCGGCUCCUCUCGUCCGGUCUUGGGCGCGUCUUACCUUCCAAGCUCGAGCUGGGCACGGACCUCUGUCCUCUGGCAGACACUGAGGUCGAGCCGUUCUUGCAGGACUUGUGCUGCUUCUUGGGGGAUUCUGGUUGGAGCCGCCAAGAUCUCCUGCAUGUGUCUCCUGGACAACCCUUUCGUCUCAACUUGUUGCAGGCACUGCUUGAGAAAAUCCAGGAUCCUGAAGCCUCUAUGUGUGCGGAUCUUCGGGCCGGGGUUCGGAUUGGUGUCGGGUAUGAGCUUGCACCAUCUCCUCACUGGCCGGUCCGGCAAAGCGAUUCCUUGGAAGAAGAUCUGCAGAUUUGUCAUGGUAGCUGGAAGUCCGCAUCGGACCAGCCCGCUCAAGUCCUCAGUCUCCUGGAGGAGGAGCUGCGUGAGGGUUGGAUCGUGGAGUAUCCUUCCGUGGAGGCAGUGAAAGCCGCGUUUCCUAAAGUUGCUUUCGGGAAGCUGGGGUUGGUUCUUGCUGAAGGUCGAUCUCCCCGACUCGUUGUGGACUCGAGCAUUAGUGGGGUUACUUCAUCUUGUGUCAUCCCUAACCACCUGCUCAAUCCACGCAUUUCAGAUCUUCAGGCCUGUGCGCCGAUUUCGCUUGCCUCGGAGGAGUGGAUUGUUGUUUCCUUGGAUGUGCGCAAAGCUCACCGGCAGGUCAUGAUUUCGUCCUUGGACCAGGGACUCCUGUCCUUCACAUUCCAGGGUCGUGCCUUUGUGUCCAGAACACUUAACUUCGGUGCCAAAGCUUCCUCUUGGUGGUGGGGUCGUAUUGCUGGAGCUUUGCUUCGUCUUUCACAUAAGUUGGUAUGGGUUGCACAUCUGAUGUUUGCUUAUGUGGACGACUACUUCGGCGUCUUUCGCGCUGACACUGCGCCUGUCUAUGCAGGACUCUGGAUCUUGCUAUUCCUGGCUCUGCGAGUCCCUCUGUCCUGGUCCAAGGCAUCCUGGGGUCCAUGCGCGCGAUGGAUAGGCUGGGACAUCGAUCUCCGCAGUUGGACCGUGUCUCUGCCUCCGGAGAAACUUUCGAAGAUCUUGGAGCCUCUUCGAGCGCUGGCUCGGCCAGGAGCUACACGCAUAAAGGUCAAGGAGCUUGAAUCGCUGAUUGGCAGGCUGCUUUGGCUGACCAGUCUCUGGCACCUGUUGCGCCCCUUGCUUGCCCCCUUGUGUAAGAUCAUGGCUCGCAUCCCUUCGUCUUGUGUGGCGGUUCAGCCCUCGCUUUGGCAGUCCAUCUGCGCUCUGGUAGAUGACGACUGUGUGCUCACGAGGGCUACGUCUCAUGCGUCCUUUCCAGCUCGUGCACGCAUUUCUCGUGUGGCGAAUCGCCAAGUGUUGACGAAAACUGAUCUUGUGGGGCAUCCUUUCCUGAAAAGGCGUCUGUGGGUUGAGGUGCGCAUGCCUGAUCAUCCAUUUCGCGAGAUCAAUGAUGAUGCUCGCAAUGCAGCCGAGUCCUGGUUGGCCCUGCUGGCAGACACUCCCUUCAUCUUCAGUCUUCGCUCACCUCCUGUGCUACCCUUAGUCGCUGAGGCUGACGCGUUUGCUGACGAGCUGGGGUGUGGUUUAGGAGGUUACGUCACCUGGCCUUCGGGUGUUUCUAGGUGGUUCUCCUUGCACUGGUCUGCUUCUGUGGCGGCUGAACAUCUGCCUCUCUUCUCUGCCCCUUUGCAGGCCCACAUAUCAGCCUUGGAGCUGCUGGCCCAAUUGCUGCUCCUGUGGUGCAUCCACGACACGCUUCCCUCUUGCCGAGGACCACUUCGUGUUUGCCUUCGUUUGGACAACUCGGGAGCUGAAGCAGUCGCCGAGAACGGACUUAGCUCUGUGCCAGCUCUUGCAGCUGUCCUUUCUUGCUUCAUGUGCUUUCAACGCUGGUCCGGCCUUUGUGCUGACAUUGAGCACAUUCCUGGAUAUCGCAACGACCUUGCGGACGAGCUCAGUCGUCUCAAGGGAGGUCUUAGUCCGCUGCCACUUGCUGACCGCUGUCAGCCUCCUGUGGCUCACUUACUUCGACCUCAAGGCCGCGCUCUCUUGUUUCCCCCUGGCUCUCAGUGGCCUGCUGCCUUCCGAGCCUUUGCAGACUAA